CUCCCAGAUGAAGGACUGUGAGACUAAAACAGGUCUGAGUCUCCUUCCAUCAUUACAGUCAGUUUUCCAGUCAGCUUCUCCAGUCUGGACCAUAAAGUUCUCAGAGAGAAAGACCUCCAUCCUCCUGGAAGUGAUGAAACUCCAAUCAGAGAAGAAACCAGUGGAGCUGAUGGACUGGUCACAUGAAGAGAGUGAAGUGAGGAGUUUCCUACAGUGUCUACCUUAUAUCUCACAGCUCAGGUUUUAUCAUUGGAGGUCAGAUCUUCAUGAACAAACCAGGUUCUUAGUGAAUCUGUUCUGUGCAGCAGCAGAGAGAGACCAGCAGACAGGAGAGAAGAUGCUGGAGAUGUUAGCAUCAGUCUGUAGAUAUAAAACAUUCCCUUUAGAGGAACGAUACAUGGAUGAUGAUGAUGAUGAUGAUGAAUAUCAGAGUGACUUCCUGCUGGAUCUGUUCUCCCAGAUGAAGGACUGUGAGACUAAAACAGGUCUGAGUCUCCUUCCAUCAUUACAGUCAGUUUUCCAGUCAGCUCCUGCAGUCUGGACCAUAAAGUUCUCAGAGAGAAAGACCUCCAUCCUCCUGGAAGUGUUGAAACUCCAAUCAGAGAAGAAACCAGUGAAGCUGAUGGUCUGGUCACAUGAAGAGAGUGAAGUGAGGAGUUUCCUACAGUUUCUACCUUAUAUCUCACAGCUCAGGUUUUAUCGUUGGAGGUCAGAUCUUCAUGAACUAACCAGGUUCUUAGUGAAUCUGUUCUGUGCAGCAGCAGAAAGAGACCAGCAGACAGGAGAGAAGAUGCUGGAGAUGUUAGCAUCAGUCUGUAGAUAUAAAACAUUCCCUUUAGAGGAACGAUACAUGGAUGAUGAAUAUCAGAGUGACUUCCUGCUGGAUCUGUACUCCCAGAUGAAGGACUGUGAGACUAAAACAGGUCUGAGUCUCCUUCCAUCAUUACAGUCAGUUUUCCAGUCAGCUCCUGCAGUCUGGACCAUAAAGUUCUCAGAGAGAAAGACCUCCAUCCUCCUGGAAGUGAUGAAACUCCAAUCAGAGAAGAAACCAGUGAAGCUGAUGGACUGGUCACAUGAAGAGAGUGAAGUGAGGAGUUUCCUACAGUGUCUACCUUAUAUCUCACAGCUCAGGUACAGUCCUUCUACUUCACUGUUUUAACUAUUCAAGAA